AUGCUGGAUGAAGUGGAGAUGUGGAGGAUGAAGAAGCUAUUGAAGAACCUUCGCGACAGUCGGGGAAACGGGACAUCGAUGAUAUCUAUAAUCAUUCCUCCUAGGGAUCAGAUAUCCAGGGUUUCGAAGAUGCUUACGGAUGAGUAUGGAACUGCAUCGAAUAUCAAGUCAAGAGUAAACAGGCUAAGCGUUCUUGGGGCUAUCACCUCUGCUCAAAGUAAGCUGAAGCAGUAUAACAAGACACCUCCGAACGGCCUUGGGAUAUUUGUUGGAACUGUUCUUAUGGAUCAGAACAAGGAGAAGAAGGUCAGUGUUGGGAUUGAGCCUAUCAAGCCUGUGAACACAUCCUUGUACAUGUGUGACUCGAAGUUCCAUGUAGACGAUCUCUUGGCACUUUUUGAAGACGAGGCCAAGUACGGGUUUAUUGUGAUGGAUGGGCAUUCUACUGUGUUUGCAACUCUUCAGGGGAAUGUGAAGACGAUUCUGCAGCAAAUACAUGUGGAUCUUCCAAAAAAACAUGGACGAGGAGGGCAAUCGUCAGUAAGAUUUGCACGUCUUAGAGUUGAAAAGAGGAAUGCCUAUGUCAAAAAGGUUGCAGAGAUAGCAGGGAAUCUGUUUCUGACGAACUGUAUUAUGAAUGUGGAGGGGCUUGUACUUGCAGGGCAGUCUGAUCUCAAGCACGAGCUAUCUCAGGCAUUGGACAACCGUAUAAAGGUGAUAAAGACGGUUGAUACCAACUAUGGGGGAGAGGGAGGACUGAAUCAAGCCAUCGAGCUAUGCGAGGAUAUUCUUAAAGACGUAAAGCUGUCCAAGGAAAAGAAGGUGCUUCAGAAGUUCUUUGAUGAGAUCAACACAGAGAGCGGUAAGUUUUGUUUUACGAUGAAGGAAACAAUGCAAUGCCUGGAGAUGGGGGCUGUGGAGACGCUUAUAGUCUAUGAGAAUCUAACGAAUGUCAAGGACGAAGAGCUGUUUGUGGACUGGAUUGCCGAAAACUACAAGAGCUUUGGAUGCACUUUGAUGUUUGUAAGCGACAAGAGCGCGGAGGGAACGCAAUUUGCCGAAGGAUUUGGAGGGAUUGGAGGGAUCUUAAGAUAUAGAAUUGACAUGGAAGAUCAUAUGGACGAUGACUAUUCCUCUGUCGACGACUCGGAAAUAUUUUGA